AAGCCGGGUGUUUGUGUCCGUCGAGCACCUCAGACAAUAAUAUUUAUCUUCGAAAUAUAUUAUUCGUUUGUUUAUUUAAUUUCAUAUUCGAAACUGGAAUAGACCUUGUGCGGUCGUUUAAAAUUCGUCUUGAGAAUCAAAACCCAUCGAGCCUCGAUGAGAAAGGAUUUCUACAGGCUUCUAGACCGGAUCCCUCAAGUAACGUUAGACCUUCCCUACAUCCAUCUCUACACGACGGAUUUCGACCUCAACAUUGGAAUAACCCUCAAGAAAUACUCUCCUUUGGGAUUAUAGAAUGCUUCUAUCAAAAUUCAACACAUUCGCUCACAUUUCCACCGUGGACAUGCCGGCGAAAAUCCAGCUUCAAGUUAAGGAGAAAGAGCCGUUCGAGAAGGUGUAUCAGGUCGGCUCUGUGCUGGGAAGCGGCGGUUUUGGGACGGUGUAUGCGGGUUUGAGGAUCGCCGAUGGCGCGCCGGUUGCCAUCAAGCAUGUGGCCAAAGAUCGUGUUACUGAAUGGGGAGAGCUGGUGAGUACUUGAUUUAAAAGGAUUGUAUUCAUAUUAUUUGUAUCUGAAAUA